CGUCGCAGGCUGAUGGUGUGUCGAAUGACAUGCCUGGACGAGGUGUUCGGUUGCCGAAUCAGCGCCUGUAACCCGCCUAAGCUUCAGAGCGCCUGCGGGCGGCUGGGAUCCUCAUAUCAGCCGCUUCUUUGUCUCUCUGCACACUGGCACUUCCAUCACAAUGGCAUCCAACAGAUGCGCGCAAAAUAUAUGGAACCUGUCACGGUAUCGCAGCCUCGUCUACAAGCACUGGCGCAAACCGUGACCUGCUCGACCUAUACAGACAGCAUCCACUGCGUCGAGGAACGAGCUGCGUUGUUAGACUUGAGCAGCAUAACCGCUGCACAGAACUCGUAAGCGAAGCCUUCAUUUCAGCCGUGAGCAAUUGACAUUGGCGCCAGGGCCAGGACCCGGCAGUGUGUUUCGUCUCCUGUCAUUCCCCUUCCAUGAGAAAAAGACAUCCACCUGUGGAGAAUACUUGCGACGUCGUCUAUUAUAUAUAGAUGACACUCGUCGCUCAGACCGCUCUUUGCCGCGUGCUUCGGCUACGCCAACUGCGCCAACGCAUCCAUGACGCCGUCGGGCACUGUUGCAGAGCCACGUUGCGCCGUACAAGACCUUCUGUUUCUUGACUUAAGAAGCUAAACAACAGUCGCUUCACUUUAGCCAUCCUCACAUUUCAAUGGAAGCUGCGCUAACUGUGCCCAUCCCGCCAGCGGUGCAUUGAAAAAUGGUCAGGUGUCGUCCAAUGUCCCAAUACCUUACAUUGCCGAUGUCUCCAGCUGUCGAUGUUGUACUAUCGCCAGUGUUAUGUCGACACGUGGUGAACUUCAAGAGGCUCACUCGGUUGGCCCACAGUUCCUCUGGUCGGUUUGUUACAGAAGGUGAUAUCGGCUUGUUAUGUUGAUGGGAGAUAUGCGAAGCCUCAACAUUCUCCUGUUGCAUGGCAUCUGAAUAGCAAGUUCUCCUCGUUGCCUGGGAAUGGUGCCGAAUCUCCAGCCACGGACGGUUACAAAAUGAGCAUUGGUCCAUUCGCUUCGAAGCCCGACUGAAGUCCGGUCCCAUCACUCCUAUAUAUUGCUUCAAUCGGAAGAACAUAAAUGGAAGCAUGAGUCUCCAAAGCAUGAUGGGAGGUGACUAUUGGUCUUCAAGUCCUCGCGGCGCCACAAUUUCGCCGCUCAGACGCAGGUACAGCAUGGAUCUGCGGCCUUUUACUGUUGUUUUCGAAGACUCGGUUCGAAUAUGCCUGCCCUCAAGAGGAAGUCCUGUGAGGCUGCUGGAUACGGAUUUGUCUUCUAAUGCUCUUCACAGUUUCGGUCUUGGUUUCAUGACCGCUAAAGUGUUGCGGAAAUUGUUUGACAAUUAACGCUCCACCUUGAUACAUCUUGUGAGCCCUUGUAUCAUAGGUCCGCCCUCUCAUUGGAGAUCAUAAUCAUCAUUAAACAGCUGCCCAAACAAAUCAUAUCCCUCACGACCACUACUCUGCAAACAACUAGGCCAUGGAAAGGCCAUGGAAGAGCCAAUUCUACCACGUGACCUUAUCCGGCCCACCUUCUCGUUUGGGACAGGGCGGAAACCGUACUGGCAUCUCGAGCCUAACAUUGUAUGUUUAUCAUUGACUUUUGGAUUUUGAGAACCCCCUUCCAGUCAAAUACAGCGAGAACAACUGGUCAACAUGUCCCAGUCAGCCUCCAAUACACCAACCACGAUCGUGAAUGAUGGCGGGAACAGACAACAAGUCCCACUGAGGGACUACUUGAACGCGCGAGUCGCGCCAUUUCUCAAGAAAGCCAUCACCGAGAGCUUGGGUGUAGAAGCCGAGUUUCCUCUUCAAUGGCUAGGCGAAUGCCUCAUCCACCAGUCGAUUUUGUACGAAGGCAACCCGGACCGGACGAACAUUCGUGAAAGGUUUUUAUAUAAGUUCGACGAUCCCAAGCCACAAACAGAAGAAACUUCUGCGCCUACACAGCCAGAAGAUCCCGCGACACAGCCGCAAGAACAGCCGGAGGUUCGUCAAGAACACAUUGGGCCGGAGGCUGCAGCCACCACGGAAGAGCCAGCCGCCGCGUCUGAAGCCUCAGUACCGCAGGCCACUUCCGCACAAGAUUCACAGGUCACGAAUGGCGUGCAUGAGGAAGAGAAGAAGCCAGAGGAGGGGUCUGUUGCAGGAAGAGAUGGUGAUACAGAAAUGGGUGGCAUAUCAUAACAAAAAGUCCCUUUGACGUUUGAUUGAUCUUCUUUCCGCAGCGUUGGCGUUGGACUGGUAUGCAUCGCUUGGAUGGACAGCGUGCGAAUAAUUUAUACCCCUUGAGAGCGAGGAAACCCUGUAUUACUUGUACAAUGUUUGGAACAGAACAUGUAUUGGGCUACAAUGAAAGAAAAACAUCUGCCACUCGGGUUCACAAGGGUCUAUGGCAUCAGAAUUUCGACGAUAACACAGUCUCGUAUUCUGCUUGUUCCAGGACGGCCAGCGAAAUUUGUGCUGCUCGAAACUGUAGAAGGUGAAUCAGCCCCAAUCUCGACAUCAAGACACGCAAUAUUGGGAGAUGGAUAAGGGCAGAUCAGAAGUCCAUUUAGAUCAUCGAAGGAACCCGCGAUAAAGCAGGCUCUUCUGGCAUAAGAGGUACCAGAAAUAAGUAAUGUUUAGAUGUUUGUCAUCAUAAAGAGUUGUGGAGGGAGAAGCAGGAGAUGUGAGGAAUACAUACCAGUCAGUAUACACGCUGUUGAGAACGAUGCUGCAAAAGCGAAACCCUUUAUGUAAUCAGCAGCUGAGAGUUUUCGCAGCGCACUGCGCCUCAGCAAAACGG